AUGGCGGAAGAGGAGGUGGCCAAGCUGCAGAAGCACCUGGCCCUGCUCAGGCAGGAGUAUGUGAAGAUGCAGCAGAAGCUGGCCGACACAGAGAGGCGCUGUGCCGUGCUCGCUGCCCAGUCCUCCAGCCAGGGCUCCUCCAGCCCCGUGGCUGUAGAAACCUUCAUUAGCCGCCUGCUGGUCAUCGUGGCCGACCUCUACCAGCAGGAGCAGUACAGUGAUCUGAAAGUGAAAGUCGCAGGGGAGAAUCUCUGUGCCCACAAGUUUGUGUUGGCUGCUCGCAGUGAUGUCUGGAGUCUGGCCAACCUGGCCUCCACCUCUGAGCUGGACCUAUCUGAUUGCAAAUCCGAGGUCGCCAUGGCAAUGUUGCGCUGGGCAUACACGGAUGAGUUGGAGCUCACUGAAGAUGACGCCUUUCUUAUUGAAUUGAUGAAGCUGGCCAACCGCUUCCAGCUUCAGCUGCUCAGAGAGAGGUGUGAAAAAGGCGUAAUGUCCUCGGUGAACGUCAGGAAUUGCAUUCGCUUCUACCAGACAGCUGAGGAGCUAAAUGCCACCACCCUGAUGAACUACUGUGGGGAGAUCAUAGCCAGCCACUGGGAUGACCUCAGAAAAGAAGAUUUCAGCACCAUGAGCGCCCAACUACUGUACAAGAUGAUCAAGUCUAAAACAGAGUAUCCUCUCCACAAAGCCAUCAAAGUGGAGCGAGAAGAUGUGGUCUUUCUCUAUCUCAUCGAGAUGGACUCGCAGCUCCCUGGUAAGCUGAAUGAAGUGGACAACAACGGUGACCUGGCGCUCGACCUGGCGCUCGCUCGUAAAUUGGAGAGUAUUGCCACAACGCUGGUUACCAGCAAAGCAGAUGUGGACAUGGUGGACCAGAGUGGCUGGAGCCUCCUGCAUAAGGCCAUCCAACGAGGGGAUGAAUUUGCAUCUGUCUUUCUGAUUCGCCACUCGGCUCAGGUGAAUGCAGCCACAGUGGGGGCGGUGGAAACCCCACUUCACCUGGUCUGUUCUUUCAGCCCCAAGAAGCACACUGUGGAGGUGAUGAGAGGCAUGGCGCGCAUCGCAGAGGCCCUGCUCAAGACCGGAGCCAACCCCAACAUGCAGAACAGCAAGGGCAGAACUCCGCUGCAUGAAGCUGUGGCAUCGGGGAAUGAGCCAGUGUUCAAUCAGCUACUGCAGUGCAAACAGCUUGACCUGGAACUCAAGGACCACGAGGGCAGCACAGCUCUGUGGUUGGCCCUGCAGUACAUCACCGUGGCCUCAGACCCCUCAGUAAACCCCUUUGAAGACGAUGCACCGGUAGUGAACGGCACCUCGUUUGACGAGAACAGCUUUGCGGCCCAGCUUAUCCAGAGAGGAAGCAAUCCUGAUGCACCUGACACUACCACAGAGAACUGUCUCAUGCAGAGAGCAGCUCAGGCAGGCAAUGAGGCAGCUGCACUUUUCCUUACCACUCAUGGAGCAAAGGUCAACCAUAUCAACAAAUGGGGUGAGAGCCCGCUUCAUACCGCAUGCCGCAGUGGCCUGGCGAGCCUGACAGCAGAGCUGCUCCAGCAAGGGGCCAACCCCAACCUGCAGACCCAGAAGGCUCUGCCUGACGACACCGUUGGUGUGGCUAUGCAGACCCCCCUCCACAUGGCCAUCGCUCACAACCACCCAGAUGUGGUCUCUGUCAUCCUCGAGCAAAAAGCCAAUGCACUUCAUGCCACCAACAACUUCCAGAUCAUUCCAGACUUCAGUCUCAAGGACUCCAUGGACCAGACAGUGCUGGGCUUGGCCCUCUGGACAGGAAUGCACACCAUAGCGGCUCAGCUGCUGGGCUCAGGGGCUUCUAUCAAUGACACUAUGUCCAAUGGACAAACCCUGCUUCACAUGGCUAUCCAAAGACAGGACAGCAAGAGUGCCCUCUUCCUUCUGGAGCAUCAGGCUGACAUCAGUGUUAGGACCCAGGACGGACAAACGGCACUACAGUUGGCCAUCAACAACCAGCUGCCACUAGUGGUGGAUGCCAUUUGCACAAGAGGAGCAGAUAUGUCUGUGGUGGAUGACAAAGGGGACCCUCCAUUGUGGCUGGCUCUGGGGAAUGGCCUGGAAGAUAUUGCAUCCACGCUGGUCCGCCAUGGCUGUGAUGCGACGUCCUGGAGCACAGGGCCCUCUGGCUGCAAGCAGACCCUCCUGCACAGAGCUGUUGAUGAGAAUAACGAGGUCACUGCGUGCUUCCUCAUCCGCAGUGGUUGUGACGUGAACAGCACCAGACAGCCAGGCCCUAACGGGGAAGGAGAUGAAGAGGCCCGAGAUGGACAAACGCCCCUCCACCUUGCAAGCAGCUGGGGACUGGAGGUGGUGGUGCAGUGCCUUCUCGAGUUUGGAGCUAAUGUUAAUGCACAGGAUGCAGAGGGCAGGGCUCCCAUCCACGCUGCCAUUAGCAGCCAGCACAACGUUAUUAUACAGCUCCUCAUUUCCCAUCCAGACAUUCGUCUCAACAUACGCGACCGUCAAGGAAUGACCCCCUUCGCCUGUGCUAUGACGCACAAGAACAAUAAGGCAGCCGAGGCCAUCCUCAAGAGGGAGCCUGGUGCUGCUGAGCAGGUGGACAACAAAGGACGUAAUUUUCUCCACGUGGCUGUGCAAAAUUCAGACAUCGAAAGUGUCCUGUUCCUCAUCAGUGUCCAAGCUAAUGUCAACUCCAGGGUUCAGGAUGCAGCCAAACUCACCCCUCUCCACCUGGCCGUCCAGGCUGGAUCUGAGAUCAUUGUCCGCAACCUGCUGCUUGCCGGAGCCAAAGUAAAUGAGCUGACCAAACACAGACAGACAGCGCUACAUUUAGCUGCCCAGCAGGACAUGGCCACUAUUUGUUCUGUGUUGCUGGAGAAUGGAGUCGACUUUGCUGCCGAGGAUGAGAAUGGCAAUAAUGCUUUGCAUCUGGCUGUGAUGCAGGGCCGCCUUAACAAUGUCAGAACCCUUCUCACAGAGUCCAACGUUGAUGCUGAGGCCUUCAAUCUCAGGGGUCAGUCACCAAUGCACGUACUUGGCCAUUAUGGGAAAGAGAAUGCUGCCGCCAUUUUUGAGCUGUUCUUGGAGUGUAUGGCUGAAUACCCUCUGGACAAACCCGAUAAUGAAGGGAACACAGUUCUGCUCCUGGCCUACAUGAAAGGAAACGCAAACCUGUGCCGUGCCAUUGUGAGGGCCGGGGCUCGACUGGGCAUCAAUAACAACCAGGGCAUUAACAUUUUCAACUACCAAGUUGCAACCAAACAGUUGCUCUUCCGCCUUCUUGAUAUGCUGUCCAAAGAGCCUCCUUGGUGUGAUGGGUCCUACUGCUAUGAAUGUCUUGCCAAGUUUGGUGUCACAACACGGAAACAUCACUGCCGUCACUGUGGGCGCCUGUUGUGCCACAAGUGCUCUAUAAAGGAGAUACCCAUCAUCAAGUUUGACUUGAACAAGCCGGUGAGGGUGUGCGACAUCUGCUUCGAUGUACUAACUCUGGGUGGGGUGUCGUAAUGCAGUGGCCUGGAUAUCCUCCACCCUCUGACGCUGGCAAUACCAGGCCCAACUUGGCACAGUUUUUCAGGCACACCAGGCCCAAGGGACAUCAGUAGCAGGACAUGCGAACAAGAGACUCCCGGACAGUUAUGGACCAUCACCUUUAUACUAUUCCAGUCUAUGAAAAACUAUUAAUGUUCGAGAGAGGGACGGUUCAAAGUGAAAGUGAAACAUUGUCUUUUCGUUUCUGUCUUGAUCAAAGUAAGUGGAUAUAAGCAGCUGAUGAUGGAUGGAGUCAGUUUCCCAAGCCCAAUGAUGUUUGUAGUGAUUAGCUCUUAUUAUGACCAGCAGGACUUUUCAAAUCAAUGAAAGAUUAAAUCAAGCCACCGUUUGAAGGGACUUUUUUCUUUUUUUUUCUUUUUCUUUUUCCUGUUCUGUUUGGAUAUUUCACCAUCGGCAGCCUUUUAUGCUAUGUGACCUGCCCAAAGACAAAGAUUCCGUGCGCCAAAAUGAAUAUCUACAUUUACAUGAGAGCUAAAUCUGCACUCAGCCAAGAGCAGAGUAAAGGUAUAAAAUGCCCCUAGAUCACUAAAUCUCCAAGGAAUGAACGAUCAACUUGUUCUCUGUAAUCUUUUCAUGUUUCACUCUUCUGCCACCCCAAUUAUGUGUUGACAGGCGAGCAGGAUUUAAAGGGAAAUCAUCUCAGCUCAUUAUUUAAAUGAGUAUCACUUCCAAAUGAGAUCCAAUCUAGUAAGAUCCAGAAUUAUAACAUUGAUAUUGUCUUACUUAAGUGUUAAAACUGAAAGAUGGCACAACUGGACAUGGAUGACAUUCCUCAUGAAAUGUUGUUUUUCUCCAUCAUGUGUAGGCAUCGGCCAAAUUAAAUGGAAUGGUUAUUUUUUUAACAUGGCAAGUUUGGAAAAUGUGACCUGAGAAAGCAGACUUUAUCAUGAGGAAUAUAAAUGUGGUCCACAGAACUAAAUUCUCUCAACAACCUGAGUUACAGAAAUGCCUAUUCUGCCAAUGCAUGCCAUUUCAUUUGUAGCCUUUACCUCAUAAUCCUUUUCAAAAAUCAGUCACCAAAUGAUUACAUUCCAUAUUUUUAUCUGCCACGGGGUCCUCGUAGGAAGUCGUGAUCGUAGUCCCCACAAUGUUGCCUCAAGUCAAGUUGUUGUCUUGACCCAUCACAUUGGACGCUUCUUGAUUUCUAAGCCUAACGGGUGCACUUUAUCAAGAUCACAUGACAUUUCUGAUCAUUGGGGAGAAUGUGGAGGAGAGGGGAUGGCCAAGUAGUGGGGCCUCUUUAAGUAUUGUUAAAUUGUACAGAUAAAUGUGUGAUAUUUUUGACCACUACAACUGUUUUGUACUUAAAUGCAGUUUGUCCUUGUCAUUGUGACAAACCUAAAUCUUGCCUCUGUUAAUCUUUUAUGCACAUUGUUUAAUCUUUUAUGCACAUUAUAUUGUAUCUGUAUGCUCAGAUAUCUAGCCUGUCUCUUCCUGGUGUAUCCUUUUAGAGAAAGGGAGGACAACUUUACAUAAAGGUCAUCAAAAACCAA